GCAAGCCAAGGCCAGCACAGCAACGUUGUAGAGGUAGUAGGUGGUAUAGGUACGCAGAACUCUUGUACGCGAGAGGCUUGUAAACAUUCGCUAGAACGGCUGCAUGUGUUCAUCAAUCGACACUGUUGUUGCACAUACGCGUAUUGUUUUUGUAUAGUUUUAAAAUUAUUCACUUCUUUCUAAAUAUUUGGCUAACAGAGUUUGAAAAAAUAACAAACGAUGAAAUUAACGGUGUUUCUCCUGUGUUUGGCCGCAGUACUUGAAUCAAGUUUGAGUUUGAAAUGUUAUCACUGUGAUGAUAGAGGUCCAAGAAAUUGCCGUGAUCCUUUUCCAAAGGAUAGCAAUAAUCUUAUAGAAGAGUGCAACACUAGAGCAAUUAAUGAAUUUAACGGUGCUCUCAACAUAGCCAAAAACGCAAUGCAAAAUUUUUUUAAUAACAUCGGUAUCACAAAUAAUGGAGGAUUUAAUAAUUUUAAUAGCUUCAACUCGCCAAGCAUUCCAGAAGAGUCGGUCGGUUGCACUAAAGUCGUCUUGAAAGGUCAAAACGAAAGAGAGAUGAUAGUUCGGGGAUGUGAUUAUCUUAGAGGAAAUUCUUGUAAUUUGCUUAAAUCCACCUUUGCAGGAACAGAUACUCUCAAGUUUUGUGAAAGUUGCGAGGGCGACAUUUGUAACGGCGCUCAAUCUUUACAGUCGUCAACGAUUGCACUAAUUAUUGCUAUUGCUGUAACUUGCUUAUUCUAUGGAUCCCGUUAAAAAUGUUUAAUUCAGAUAUCUAGUAAUACAGUAAUAAAAUUACCUCGUACCCGAAUUAUUAAACAUAUACCUAACUUUUUUAGUAAUAAUUUUUUAAUUGGUCAUUUCCAUUUUCAUUGGGUUUGUUUUUUUAUUUUAAUUGAAACUAUUGUGUUGUAAAUAUAAAAAUAAUUUUUGUUAAUAUUGAUUUUUAUAGCAAAAAUUUUCUUAUUUUUAUAUUGUUUAACAUACGAUUUUAAAAAAUGACUACAGUCGAGCAAGCAUCAAAAGAAAAGUGAUGAGUAUUUUCCAAAGACACUUUAAUUGUUGAAUUUUAAUUUAAGAAUUUCUUUAAAAUUUUUUUGAAUUUUUAUGAAAAGUAAUUAUGUUACUAUAUUAUAAGUUGUUAUAGCCUUCUUCCUUAUUUCAACAUUUCAACAUUUUUUUAUGAAUAGGUAUUAUAUGUUACAAGUUAUUGAUAGAUUAAAUGUUAAAUAUUUGUAUGAUUUAUUACAUUAUUUUUGCUGCACCAAUAAAAUUAUUUAUUACA